UUCCUCAGUAACCUGACUCCAACUCCUCACGGAAAAGAAGCCCGACCACCGCAUUCCCCGUCCCGGCCGGCGGCUACCGCAUCCCCCGAAACCGGCGGCGGGUCUCCUACCUCCCCGGCGAAGCCAGCUCCAGCUCCUGUGAGGCAAGGAGAGGAGGGACCCAGUCGGCCGACCGAAACCCUAGCCCUAGCCCCAGCGGCAUCGGUAUGUGACAUCGCCGACGCGGCCGUCGCCGUCGCGCCGUCCCAAGCUACCUCACUUCUCGUCCCCGACGUGCGGCCUCCCCGACAGCGGGGAACAUGGAGCGAGGAGAUACGCCCAAUUCAGGACCGGCAGUUGCGGCGUCAGUGAUGGCGGCGGCAGCCAUGGGAGAGUCCCAGUGUGAGGCGACGCGGCAGAAGAGGAUGAAGAAGAAGCCAAAGCCGGAUGGUGCGGGGUUCGGGGUGGCUCCGUCGCAAUCUCCCCUGCCGGCUGCCACAUUCCUCCAAACCCAUACCCAAUCCCCCGCUCCCGGAACCCCAAUCCUGGAGGAGGCGGUGGCUGUGAGGAAGAGGAAGGUGCGUAAUGAUCAGAAGGCGGCAGCGGAGGGGGACAAACAUGGGAAGGAGCCCAUGCUGGCAGCAACAACGACGAUGAAGAAGAAGAAGAAGCAUAGGGAGCGCAGGUCAUCUCCUUCACUGUCCGCUGCUGCCGCUGCCAAAGAACCAAUUUUGCAGCAGGGGCCGGAGGUGAACACCGAACAGAAGCGGAAUAAUGAAGAGGGGCCAUCCACCGCCCAAUUGCUUCAAGACCCAGCUCAAUCCCCAGCUCUCGGAGCCCAGAUCCUGGAAGAGGCGACGACCGAGGCUGCAAUGAGGAAGUGGAAAAUGCGUGAUGAGAAGAGGGUGGCGGUACUGCCUUUUGCUCAAAACCAGGAGCAGACGGAGGAGCGUGUGCUGGCGGUGACGACAAAGAAGAAGAAGCGCAAGCGCAGGGAGAGCAAGUCAUCGCCUUCACUGACCGCUGCUGCCACUGUCGAAGCCCCAAUCUUGCAGCAGGAGGCCAAGGUGACCAAGAAACGAUUGCCACUUGAUCCCACGCAGGCUCAAUCACAAGGAACAAAGGCCCCCCGUGCCUCCAAGCCUCUAUCCGCUGCCACAUUCCUUGAAGCUCCAACUCAACCCCUAGCUUCCAGAACCCCAAUGUUGGAGGAGGCGGCUGUGGCUGUGAUGAGUGAGAGGAAGAUUUGUAAGGAGCAGAAGGUGGUGGCACUGCCUCUUUCCCAAAACACUACAUUGGAGGAGCCCGUGCUGGCGAUGACGAUGAUGAAGAAGAAGAAACACAAGGAGCGCAAGUCAUCUCCUUCACUCACUGUUGCCACUAUUGCCGAAGCCCCAAUCUUGCAGCAGGAGGCAAAGGUGACCAAGAAACGAUUGCCACAUGAUCCCAUGCAUGCUCAAUCACAAGGAACAAAGGCUUCCCAUGCCGCCAAGCCUCUAUCCGCUGCCACAUUCCUUGAAGCUCCAACUCAACCCCCAGCUUCCAGAACCCCAAUGUUGGAGGAGGCGGCCGUGGCAGUGAUGAGUGAGAGUAAGAUUUGUAAGGACCAGAAGGUGGUGGCACUGCCUCUUUCUGAAAACACUACCUUGGAGGAGCCUGUGCUGGCGGCGACGAUGAUGAAGAAGAAGAAACACAAGGGGCGCAAGUCAUCUCCUUCACUCACUGAUGCCGCCGCUGCCGAAGCCCCAAUCUUGCAGCAGGAGGCAGAGGUGACCAAGAAACCGAAGCGGAGGAAGGAGGAGGGGCCAUCUACCUAUUCGCCAUUGCAACUUCACCCCGGGUUGACUCAGUCAGAAGGAACAAAGGUUUCCCAUGCCUUAAAGCCUCUACCCGCUGCCACAUUCUUUAAAGACCCAGCUCAAUACACAGCUCCCAGGGCCCCAAUGCUGGAAAAGGCGGCGGCGGUGAUGAGCAAGAGGAAGAUUUGUAAGGAGCAGAGGGUGGCAGCAGUGUGUCUUGCCCAAAAUACUACCUUGGAGGAGCAGAGGGACGACACCAUGGCGGUAAAGGAGAAAAAGGAGUCCAAUCACAUGAAGCACACACUGUCAUCUAUUUCUGCAUCAGCUGCAUCUGAAACCACCAUUUGGGAGCAGAAAGUGAAGGUGACCAAGAAACAGAAGCAGAGGAAGCAGCAGGAGCCAUCUGGCAAGUCACCAUUGUCACUUCACCCUGGCCAGACUCACUCAGCCCAAUCACAAGGGGGCAAAGCUCCACCGGAACAAGAGGGAGAAGCUGAUGCCCGAAAGGGUAGUAGUAUUAAGAAAAGCAAUGGAAAAAUGCCCUGCGUCCGUGUCCUCAGCAAUCGUAAGCUUAUCAAGGAGGCAAGCAAGAGGCAGCCGGCGCUGCCCGAAGGCUUUGUGCCGUUCAGCGAUUUUGUUUCCAAUUGCACGGAGCAGAACCCUGAUGAAUCAUUGCCUUACCGUGCAUUUUUUGACCAGUUCCGCUAUAACCCUGUCCGUGGAGAUCACAAACCCCCAACCUCCAAGGCUUCCAAGACUAACAAUUCUGUAGUUUGCAAGUCAAAGAAGAAAGAUUCAGGUCCAGGCUCACAGGAGAAACUACAUCCACAAGUAAAGGAAAACCCUAAGAAAAUGGGGACCACAAAGCAAAGGCAACCUCCACCGUUACUUACCCCUGCUGAGAAGUGCUCAGACAUAUACAGGCGCGUUCCCCUGGAUCAGCUGGUACCACCGCCACGCUCUCCGCAUAAUCUUUUGCAGGAGAAGUAUGCUUCUGAUCCAUGGAAGGUUAUUGUCAUCUGCAUGCUGCUCAACUUAACACAGGGUAAACAGGUCAAAAAUAUUAUUGAGGGGUUCUUCGAAUGCUAUCCUGAUGCUCACUCUGCAAUUAACGCUGACCCUGAGAAGAUGGCGGGGUAUCUUGAAUGUCUAGGGUUGCAGCAUGUAAAAACAACUAGAAUCCAGAAAUUCUCCAAGGAGUAUGUUGAAAAAGAAUGGACCUAUAUUACUGAGCUUUCUGGUGUCGGCAAGUAUGCAGCUGAUGCUUACGCAAUAUUUUGUGCUGGUAGAGCAAUAGAGGUGGCGCCUAAAGACCACAAGUUAGUUGAUUAUUGGAAGUACGUCUGCUUUAAGCUGCCCCUGAUGCAGAAAGCGCAAAACGCGCAGGAAGCUGGAGUUCAGGAGCAGGAAUUAGCCGUGAUGAGCUAAAACAGGAAAUUGGGCUGUAGGACACAGCAAGUGCUGCUGAUGUUGUGCUUUGCCUCCUGAAUAGUAUUAUUAAAAACGUGAUGCUGCUGUCUAUGAGGGCAAACCAUUUUUUUUAUGCGAUGACUUUGGCUGUGGAUCAUCAUCUUAAUUGUUUGGGCCUUGUACAGGAUGUUGCAAGUUGAAGGCAAAGAAGUUUCUGUCAGUAUUUGAAGUUUAUCUUUAUCUUUAAAUACGUCUUCUUUGUUUGUAGAUAGAUUUACUAUCCUCUGGAAAUAAAGUUUUUUUUCUCCCUGGUCCAGUUGACACUGACGGAACAUGUUCCUAGUGUGUUGAAUAAAUUGAGAAGAUUUUGGUGUUUUUCUUAA